CUUUAAGAAGCCAGCUGCCUCCGUGCCUCAGAUUCCCUCGAUUCCGCUAGGUUUUCAACGAAUUUCCACUUGUUUUCUUUCAAUUUAAGUAAAUUGAACCUCCGAUAUCGCCACCCCAAUUUCACUCUAAUCAGGGAUUCCGCAGAUCCAUUCAAUUUCAAAACUUUAGCCCAACCCAUUAGUUUUUCAAGGGUUAAAAAUGGGAUGUUCAGUACUGCUUUGGAUCCUCUUUUCUUCAGUUAAUCUCUGUUCUGCUUCCGUUGUUUUCUUCAAUUGUUCCCCCAAUAGCAGCAUCACAGGCGGAGGCAGCAGUGUUUACCAGGCCAACCUCAAACACCUCUCCACCCAAAUCACCUCAACCAAGGAGGAGUUUAAUUCUGGGUUCUACAAUCUGAGUGUCGGCCAGAGCCCCAAUCAGGUCAACGCAAUUGGACUCUGUAUAGGAGACGUAAACCAGGGUGCUUGCAUAAGUUGUCUGAACGAUACCAUCUCCCAACUCCAGGAGUACUGUAAUAAUAACACAGAGGCGAUUGGAUGGUCGGAUCUCUGUUUGGCGCGCUACUCAAGUCGAGAUAUUUUCGGGGCCGAGGAAACGCUGCCUGACUAUGUUAUUACAUCUUAUCAAUUUGUGUCCAACGUUAAUCAAUUCAAUGUGACAUUGAAUUCCUUGCUGGAAGAUUUGACCAAUCGUGCAGCCACCGUAGGCAGGUAUGUGGCGACGGAUCCAACUGACCUUAUUAAUAUCGACGCGUCUGUGCAAUGCACCCCUGAUCUGUCCCAGCAAGAAUGCAGAAAUUGUCUGGAGACGGCCCGCGAAAAGAUUCAGAAAUCCUGCUACGCGAGGACAGAAUGUAGAAUUCUACAACCCAGCUGUAUAUUGAAAUAUGAGGCUGAGGAUGGUUUAUCUCGGCCAUCACGGCCGCCGUCUUCACCUCCUCGUCCAACACAGGAAAAAAUCAUUAUUAUCGUUGUGGUUUCAAUUAUCGGUGUUUUGUUGCUUGUCCUUUGCAUUUGGAUUUAUCUACGACUCAGCAAGUCAAGGGGAAAGGAGGAUGAAAAUAUAGAUGAAAUUAUUAAAGCUGAGUCCUUGCAAUAUGACUUUGCUACUGUCCGGACUGCUACAAAAGACUUCUGUGACGAAAAUAAGCUUGGACAAGGAGGAUUCGGAGCUGUUUACAAGGGCGAGCUUCCCAGCGGACAACUUGUAGCUGUAAAAAGGCUAUCUAAAGGUUCUGGGCAAGGAGAGAAAGAAUUUAAGAAUGAGGUUCUCUUAGUGGCCAAGCUUCAACAUCGAAAUUUGGUUAGACUCCUCGGUUUUUGCUUGGAAGGAAAAGAAAGACUUCUCAUAUAUGAAUUUGUUCCAAAUGCAAGCCUUGAUCGUUUCAUAUUUGAUCCAAUCAAGAAAGCACAAUUGGAUUGGCAAAGGCGUUAUAGAAUUAUAGGAGGCAUUGCUCGAGGACUUCUCUAUCUUCAUGAAGAUUCUCAACUACGAGUUAUUCAUCGUGAUCUUAAACCCAACAAUAUUUUACUAGAUGGAGAGAUGAAUCCUAAAAUUUCAGAUUUUGGUCUGGCAAAAUUGGUUGCAGCUAAUGAUCAAACUCAUGAUACUACAAGAAGGGCUGCGGGAACAUAGUAAGUAUAAUACUCCUUGAAUUGCCAAUUUCAGCACUUCAUACACUUGCUAAAUUGUUGAUUACACUUCUAUAAAAUGUCACUACAGUGGAUAUAUGGCUCCAGAAUAUAUUAAACAUGGACACUUUUCAGUUAAGACAGAUAUUUUCAGUUUUGGAACAAUGAUUUUGGAGAUUGUGAGUGGUCAAAAGAAUAGCUCUCCUCGCCAUGCGGAGGAAGGUGUGAGCCUUAUAGUCUUGGCAUGGAAAAAUUGGAGAGAUGGAAUCGCACAAAAGAUUAUAGAUCCCAAUUUGAAAGAGGGUCCAACAGCUCAAAUAAUAAGAUGCAUCCAUGUUGGAUUACUAUGUGUGCAAGAAAAUGUACUACAGAGACCAACUAUAGGGUCGAUUGUGGCGAUGCUUACCAACAAUUAUAUAAAUCUCCCAAAACC